AAUCACACAACAGAUAUCCAUACAACACAAGAAUACAGUCGUACAACGUACGUAUACGUAUACACAGCGAGCUCAAGUCCACACAUGCACGCAGUAGUCAACGGGACAUCAAGUCUCGACAAUUCAGUAUAUCCAAAAAGACAAAAAGAUAAACGCAGGCAAAACUGUGAAGACGAAAGCGAGCAAGAAAGGUAGUUAAAAGAAAACCGAAACGCAAGGAAGCGAAAGCGAAACGGUAUAGACGAGCAAGUAGGUACUAUUGUUACACGGCGAGAGCGAGAACGAGCACCAAAAGCGCAAAUGCUAGAAACAAGCAACAAUCGCUUGCGAAAGGAAAGCAGGAAAAAGCUUGAGCAACUUUAGUUAUCGACGCUCGACUUUUUGGUACAGGAUAAAAGUACAGUUUGUCCAGAACGCUCGUCCAAGCGAGUCGAAAGAAAUCCAGAUAAUGACUGUGUCGACGGGUAGAUAAAAAAAAUUCCGCGAUGUAGAGAAGAAAAUUUGAAGGAGAGUGUGUACAGGCUGCUGCAUAAAAUAAAUAAUUCAGGUCGCAUGAACCUGGCUUAAGGACGGUGGCAGCAGCAAGUCAUGUUUAACGAGCGUGAGUGGUCAUGAAACGAAGAUAAAGGAGAAAUUGACUGUUGGGAAUGUAUCCCAGCCCGUCCAGAGGUAGUGCGCAUGGCGCGUGUUGUGGUAGAGUUUAAAACGGUGGAUGAGAGUAGUGUCUCCCAAAGUUGAAAGCGCUGGAAGGUUUGAGUAGAUGAAUCCACAAGAGGUAUUGAAACGCCGCUACUGGUUGGAAAAAUAAAACGUCAAUGAGUGUCGCGAUUGAGAUCAAUGAGAUACCGCGUUGGAAGCAAGUAUGUAGGCGAGAUGGGGCGGGGCGGGAUAAAAACAAGAAAGGAAUGUGUGAUAGCCCUGGAAGCGAGAUUUGGAGACAGAAGGAAUGGCUGGGUGGUUGAGGGUGGUUGGUGGGUGUGGGUUGGGUAGCGGAGAGUUAGAACUAUGGAGACGAGCGGCGUGUCAGGUAGGGCGCGAUCACCAGGGAGGGUUAAUAUCCUGGAAAUUUGAGAGGCGGAAGCGGGGGACGGUGGAAUUCCACAGUGGGAGGUUGGGAAAGCAGGAAAUGGAAAGAAGAAAAGCGAAGAACGACACCAACAUCAACGCUGCAAAACGAACAAGCAUAUGGAAAGAGAAAGAAGGAGAACUAGAAGUACAUAAACAUCGUAACAAAAAAAAAACGGUCUGGAAAGAGAGAAAAAAAAUCAGAGCAUCAUCACUAUCAUCGAUCAACCUACACGAAAAAAGCACUGAGAAAUAG